CGCUGCUGCCGAUUCAGCCGGCAAAAGUUUACGACGGUGAAAUGAAAAUUCUACAGCUAUAGUCUUACAGAGACUGUAGACUUUCCUUGGCUCGGACAGACGAGAGCCGGUAACUUUGCGUUUUAAAUUGUUAUUUACGGCACAGUCUACUAAACUGCCGUGUUUUGUUGCAAGCUAGUCGCGGCCCUGUUGUCCAUCAUGGCGUUAGGCAACGACGUGAUUCAGGUUAAUCUCCACGAAAUUGUAGGAAGUGGGCGGCAGGGCGUAGUGUGCAGAGCUACCAGAAUGGAUACUAACGAAAUUGUAGCGGUAAAACUGGUAAAUCUUUCCAACAUCCAACCCGAAGCAAGGCUGCUGGAAUGCCAGGAACUGACUGUAAGACUGGAUGGAUUUUUAAGUAUCAGUCACCGGCAUUUACUAAGCCACAUUAAGCAUCAGACUAUCCUGACAGAUUCGCCGACUCUUAACCCUAUCGAGUAUCAAAUUCUUAUGGAAUACUGCUCUGGUGGUGCGUUAAAUAAUUAUGUACGAUUCAACGUGUUGCCAUAUUCUUUGCUACCAAAAUGGACAAAACAAAUUCUCAGUGGACUGGUAUAUCUUCACGAGCAGAACUGGGCCCACCGCGAUAUUAAGGGUGGCAACAUCUUCCUCAGCAGUCCGAAUAUCGACAGCUGUGAUCUGAAAAUCGGUGACCUACAGGAUAUGAAGCGCAUGGUGGAAAGAACGACACAUAUCGCCGGUGCAGCGAGCGGGCAAGGUACUUGUGCGUUUAUGUCGCCGGAAAUAGCCCACCCCGACGGAAUGCGCAUUGGCCGGCGAACGGACAUUUGGAGUCUGGGCUGUGUGGUUAUUCAGAUGGUUACGGGUGAAGCGCCCCGCCUUUACCGAGGCACAACGCUGUUGAACACCGCGCAAUCUAUGAUGUAUUUUCUGGGCACAGGAGGAAUGCCAGCGCUACCAGCUGGUCUGCCACCGCUACUUCGGCAAUUCAUCGAACGCUGCCUACAACGAGAUGUCGCCGACCGACCGCACGCAACGGAUUUAGAAAACGACGCGUUUUUGGCUGACUACAACAAUGCCAAUUUACCAAAUCGAGCGACGUUUUACCAAGCAUACGAGCCUAUCCAGCCAUAAAUGCAGUUGCUAUCGCUAACUUUUACAAACCGUUUUAUAUUUAUGAGCAGCAGUGACUGCUCCAAACUUGAUAUCCAGUAAUGCGUAACACAUGCAUCUAACGGAAAUAUGGAAUCGGAAAAGUGUAACAUUACUCUCUUCGGGGCUACCGGUAAUUUUGGCGGCGAAGAUAUACGAGUACUUACUACCGACGAAGGCUUGUAGCAUCUCACAUUCGGCUCAAAUUAUACUAUUAAUCGGUACAGCCCCUUAAGUGGAUAAUGACCUCUUCAUUCACUUUUACAAUACUUCAUCGCCAAUAAUGCCGGGCUGCGACGUAUAUCAUCACUUU